GUCCGGCUCCUAAAGCGUCUCGACAUGAACUUGAUCAGUCUGCUGUCCUGCCUCAGCCUGGUGCUGGCAGCUGCUGCCGCCCAGGCUCCUAAACCCUGUACCGUUCCACCGCUGAUGACUGGAGGCAUCACCGUGAUGGCCAAGAACAUGUUAUCCACAGGAAAAAUAAGCUAUGAUGCUUUUGCUCCGAGGAUGCGGGUUAGAAACUACGGUACUAACGGCAACGAGACCUUUGCUAUGGACCAGCUGAUGCUUUUCAACAAGAAAGUCUAUUACGAGAUCGACUGGAGCAAGUUCACUUGCAAGAAGAAGGCUCUGGAUGCCAGCUUCAUUCCCAUCCAAGUGCCUCCUGAUGCCAAACUGAUGGGUCAGGUGAUUAUGGGCUCCUCCUCUUCCUGGGGAAUGGGUGUGCUCAUCAACACUUGGUAUGGAAGCCUCCCCCAGAACGGUAUGUACACAAGUGUCUUCACUGAAACUGGCUGCAUCCCUAUGACCUUCACUAGCUACACCCCAGAAUCUGGAUGGAUCACUCUCAGCACAUUCAACUGGGUAUUGGGACUCUCUGACGCCAUGGACUUCAUUCCUCCUUUCUUCUGUAACAAGUCUAAACUGGAGGAGACAGAGAAACCAGAUACUGUCUUCACUGCCCUGCAGUCUCUGGCCAUGAAGACCAAGAAAGUGGAGUAAACAUUUGGAGAGUCAUAUCAAAAUAAUCACAAAUCUGCUUCCUUCAACGCAGCAGAACUAAAUUUUAACUCAAAUGAUCUAGUACGAUUAUAAUAAUUAAUACGAUUGUUUUAACCUGCUAUGCCACAAGUCAUUUUAACACACUUUUGACAUCUUUCUCCACCUUGUGUUGUCGUAAUGGGGUAAAACCCAUCCGCCUCACUAUUUGGGAUGGCAGGUUAAAGGAAGAACAGUAAGAUUGAUUCUGAGAUAUGACACUAAAAAUUAGAGGUGCACAGUGAGAGUCAACCUGGAAUAACAACUUAUGUAGCUGCAUUCCUGCUAUGUAUUGUAUCUCUGUCAUCGUCUUCAAUAAAAUAAAAUAAAUGCAU